AUGUCAACUGCCAAGAGUUCUAAAGUGAGUUUUUUUUAAAUUGAAAUAAUCUUCUUUCAAAUUGGCUCUUUUCAGGUACGAAUACGCAAUUUCAUCGGCCGAAUUUUCUCGCCGAGUGAAAAAGAGAAAGACGACGAAAUGAAGCCCUCUUCAUCAGCGAUGGAUAUCAGUCAACCGUACAAUACCGUCCAUCGGUAAGUUAUCCUUUUGAAUUAUUCAUUUCAGCGCGUUGAGUUUUACAGAGUUCACGUCGGAUACGAUGGUCAGAAAUUCAGCGGACUUCCACAACCAUGGAUGGAUAUUCUCCUGCGCGAUAUCAGGUAUUUCGAAUCGAUUACAGAAUGUCCUUGUACGAAUCGUCAAAGCUGUUUCAGUCUUGCCGAUCAAAAGUCAAAUCCGAACGCAGUAGUGACGGCGCUGAAGUUCUAUGCGCAGUCGAUGAAGGAGAACGAAAAGACAAAGUUCAUGACGACGAAUAGUGUGUUCACGAACAGCGACGAUGACGACGUCGACGUGCAAUUAACCGGACAAGUCACAGAGCAUCUCAGGAAGUUGCGGUGCAGUAAUGGUUAGUUUUUGAGAAUUGAAUUAAUAAAGAACAAGCUAAUUUGUGUUUAGGAUCCGCAGCUUCUCCCUCCCCGACGACAUCAGUGACAGCGUCCUCGUCUUCAGCUCGUCCACUGACAAACGGAAACAGCAAUUUGUCGAUGUCAUCAACAGACGCCUCUCUUUCCAUUUCGGAACGAAAUAACGUUCCGUCACCGGCACCGGUACCGUAUAGUGGUGAGUGUAGAACAUUUUACAAAUAUUUCACAUGUAUCGUUGCAGAAAGUGCUCCACAGUUGAAGACCUUAUCCGGAGAUGCUCCGAAACUUCACCCGAGGUCACCAUUUCCUCAACAGCCGCCAGUGCUGCCACAAAGGAGCAAGAACUCUCUGCCAGUUGCCACCACGUCGUCAAGUCCGGCAACUUCAAAUGGAGCUCCAGUUCCCGGAGCACGUGUGCCCCCGAAGGUGCCGCCGAAGCCAUCGGUAUGUGAAGACUUUCGAGAAAGAAUGCACGUUUUCUGGCAUCAUUCCUCUCUUUCUGAGGCAAACAAUAGCAGUUCAUUCCGUCGUAUGAUUGGGUGAUAGUGAUAUGGCCUGGAAAGACAAUGUUGCUUCUUCUCCUUCCUUUUCUGCUGCGGAAUUUGUGAAGGCGGCGACAGAUGAUCUUCCCUUUGUGUAUCAUUUCCUGGGACGUUCGGUUGUGUAACACCAUCAAAAAUCCACCAAUCUGCGCCGUCGUUCAUCGUUUCGAGAUAAUAGUGCGCGAAUAGAGCGUCAAAAGACGUUGAAGCCGCGUCGAAAAAACUACGAUAUAUCGGUUUACAGUCAAACGAGAUUUUGAGUGAGCGAGUGAAAGGACGACGACAAGCCAAUUAAUCAAUGGCAGUAGUUUUGCUGUUUUUUAUCAGUCGAUUUUCGAGGUUGAUGACGGGACGAUUUCGAGGGAGUGACUGGUUUAAAAAUGGCAACGCACGCAGCAGGAGGGGAGGACUAAGGUGUUUCUACGUGUGUUUCGACGAUGCAAAUAGGCUUUCGCCUUGUAGAAACAGAAGGUCUCAGCUUCUGUCAUUCAUCAUUUGCGUGUUCGCUGAUUGUAUGGUCUUUUGAAGAGGUUUCUCAAAUACGGCAAACGUUCUAUUCAAGCAAGAAACAACCUUUGAAGCUCGUCUCAUUUCCGGUUUUCCGAUCAAAAACUUACGCGAUCAAAGUCCAUAAGGCGCUCCAUUUCACCCGUCGACCGCCUCGACUUUACCGCUUUCAUUUACCGUUUUCCCAAGAUGAACAGAUUUACGAUUCGUGAAUUAGUAGGACAAGUUGUCGAAAUCUCAAGGCCAACUCGAAAUAUAUAUCUCACAUCCUGCUGCUGCUACCUGCCCUAUUCUUGUCACCUGGACCUCCUUCCCAUUCAUCCAUUUCGAAAUCUGACCUUCCGCCCCUUCAAUCUGAUCUAGGUUGUCCCUGUAUUCAUCUUUCUGACGCUUAACGGCAUCUGAUGCUUCUUCUUCCUUUUUCUUUCCUCAUUCCACUCUGCCAUCGCUCGUUACCUUCAAAAGUGGCGCAACGGAUAGACGGUGUCGCUAAUACCAGUCAGUCCGACGAAUUAUGGUGCGAUUUAGACGAAUGGGACGUCAGAAAGCUGGUGUUUAGCCAUCACUCAAAUGAAAGAAACAAGUCAAUUGAUAGUGUAUGUGUGUUUGUAUGCAUGUACGUGUAUCGUGCUGCUUGUAGCACUAGACACAGAAUCACAGAGAAGCCUCAUAGUCGGCGUCGUCGUCAUUGCGAAAGUGAAUACAUUCGGUGCGCCCGCCGCAUUCAUUCGCUUUCUCCUCUUCCUCCUACCGAAGAGGGAAAAGCGCGCGGGCGCAUCGUCCUGCCCCUCAGUGAUAUGAUUGCCAUUCGACAGACGACCCCCUGGCGCGCCGAGGCAACAUUGCAAGACCGGUCAGAGGUUUCUUUCUGCAUCUGGGCGCCAGGAAUAAGGAAGCAGCCUAAUCCGUUUCUUGAACACCUUUCGCUCACUCUUUCCGUGUUUGUGUUAGCACUUUCUCUUCGCGCCUAACCCAUCUGGUUUUUCCAGUCGCUACCAUAGCAAUACUCCUGAAUGGGAGGCCAGUUGCUCUGCACUAUUCCCAAUUUCGGAAUGGAACCCGUUACGAUCGCGCCUAUUACUAGAAAUUGCCUAAAGAAUCAAUCACUGGUUUGACCCUAAUGACCUUUUCCCCGUCUUCCAGUUCCGCUCAAAAACAUAAAUGUAGCGACCUUCCUUUGCUUACAGUCGAUUGGUCUAAAGUAUUUGUUUUGCAUAAAGUUUGACGCCUCAUUUGGUGUAAGUAGACUUUUGACCCAGCAUUUCUUGUCCCAUUGCUUCUUCUUCUCCCUUUUCUUUUGCCUUAAUCGUUUGUUCCGAACGGCUGGUGCUUCGGUAUCUGCGAUGAAUCCGGCCCUCGUGUCUCCUCAUCCCGCCAACCACUGGUGUAAUUAUACAAGCACUUGUAAUCGGCUAAUUGGUUCUCUGAGGCUGUACAUACAUGCCUCAUGACACUGGGUGUUUUGUCGGCUUCUGAUACCUUUGGCACGCCGAAAAGCUAAAAGACCAACAAAUAGCAUAGUCCGAUUUGAGACUGUUUUCCUCGCUUUUCUUCUUCCUUCUCACUUCCGUUCUUCCCGUGCUGACAACCACGGCCGGACCGAUUCAUAUAAUCGGAGAAUGACGGUCAUAAAAAUAAUUGAAAAGGUCAGCAACAGUAUCAGAAUCCAAGUUUUAUCCCGCAAGUGGUUAUUCUCUCUGCCGCCUGCCGCUUUCGUUCAUCGCGCCUUUCCCGUCAGAAGAUCAUCUGUUUCUUAGGCUAUAUCAAGUUCUCUCCGCUUUCUCUGUAUUCUCUUCUCAUUCCUUUUUUCAUCGCCCACCUUCCGUAAUAACCACACCCUUGAUACUGUUUCAUUUUUGCUCCUCUCCUUCUCUUCUCGUCUCCGUGAAAUGCAAUCGCUCGUCCGUACCUAAUUUCUUCGUAUACAAUGCAGUUCAGUCAUUCCUUACAGUAGCUAAACAGCAACCUAAAUUCGAUCACUCUGGACACAGCUGUCCCUCGUUUUUCUCCCAUCUGGAGGCACCCCGUAUUGCAAAUUUUGAAAUGUUUCAAAAUAGUCCGAUGAUGUAUGACUGGUGGAACGACUCGAAGCCAAAACAGCCGUCUUUGAGCGUUCUAUCGCCGUGGGGAGCCUACUUCAAUCACAUUGGAAAUGAACUGCUGGUUUGCCUUGAAAACAGAGACUAUUGAGUGGGUUACUGUAGAUAUGCCAUCGCGCGCUUCUACAGUAAUUCAAGCACGUCCAAACUGCUUUGUCUAAAUUUCCAAUUUCCUCUUAAAUGUGCAUGUCUGUCUGUCUUCAGCACCUCAAAAUCGCCUCGUCGACGGUGUCCUCCGGAUGCUCGUCCCCACUGCAUCAUUCGUCGGCUCGCUCCGUCGGCAACUCGCUCUCCAACGGAAGCGUCGUCUCGACGACCUCAUCUGAUGCCGACGUGCAGUUGUCCAACGUAAGUGCGCCCGUCUGUGCUAUCUCCUAUCCUUUCGUCGAGUAUCAAUAUUUUACUGAUUGCAUGAAAGUGAACGAAAUGUAUUCUCCAUUCACAUGUGCCAAUUUUCAGAAAGAAAACUCGAACGAUAAAGCAGUCGGUGACAAGAACGGCAAUGAUACGACUGACAAAACGGUCGCAGAACCAGCAGUUCCUGAAGAGCCGCCAGUCAGAGUGAGAGCUACUCACCGCGAAAAGCUCUCCGACUCGGAGGUUCUUGAUCAGCUUCGCGAGAUAGUCAAUCCGUGCAAUCCACUUGGAAAGUACGAAAUGAAGAAGCAGAUCGGAGUCGGCGCUUCUGGAACUGUCUUUGUCGCAAACGUUGCCGGCACAAGCGAAGUGGUGGCUGUGAAGCGAAUGGCAUUCAAGACGCAGCCAAAGAAAGAGAUGCUGCUCACCGAGAUCAAAGUUAUGAAGCAGUACCGACACCCAAAUCUUGUCAACUACAUUGAAUCGUAUCUCGUGGAUGCUGACGAUCUGUGGGUAGUGAUGGACUACCUAGAGGGAGGAAAUCUGACCGAUGUUGUUGUGAAAACCGAGUUAGACGAGGGACAAAUUGCCGCCGUGCUUCAAGAAUGCCUCAAGGCACUUCACUUCCUUCACAGGUUUGUGUUCUGUUUAUUUGUGGUUUCGCCGUUUCGUCAGAACCUGAGAGGGAAAACAGAAAGUGCAAGCUGUUCUGAUAAUCAAAUGAUCGCAUUAUCACGUCUGUUUUCGCCAUUAGCCGCAAAAAUGACGCGGAAGCCCAAUAAUGGUCACUGUUCAACUUGCAGGCAUUCGAUAGUGCAUCGAGACAUCAAAAGUGACAAUGUGCUGCUCGGAAUGAACGGGGAAGUGAAGCUGACCGACAUGGGCUUCUGUGCCCAGAUCCAGCCAGGGUCAAAGAGGUAAUGAACACAAAAACAGUUGGAAGUGUACCGAAUGAGAUAGUUGCAGAGAUACUGUUGUCGGAACGCCGUACUGGAUGUCUCCGGAGAUACUGAAUAAGAAGCAGUACAACUACAAAGUGGACAUUUGGUCGCUCGGAAUCAUGGCUCUCGAAAUGAUUGACGGAGAACCGCCAUAUUUGAGAGAGACGCCGUUGAAGGUAAGCGGAUACAAGAAAUUUGAAUACGUUUGUAUUUGGAUUACAGGCCAUCUACCUGAUUGCUCAAAACGGGAAGCCGGAAAUCAAGAGGCGAGAUCAGUUGUCUGCCGAUUUCAACAACUUCCUCGACAGGUGUCUUGUCGUCGAUCCAGAUGACAGGUUCGCCAAUCUUAUUCUGACUUUACCCAAUUCUACAUUGUUUUAGAGCCGACACGACAGAGCUGCUGAAUCAUGCGUUCUUGAAGAAGGCGAAGCCGCUUUCCAGUCUCAUUCCAUACAUUCGAGCUGUCAAGGAAAAGUAG